AUGCGCACUUUCAUCACCUUGGCUACCGCCCUCUUCGCCACGGCUGUCUCCGCGAACAGCAAGGCCAAUGCCUUCAGCAACCCCGCCGGUGGCUAUGUCUUCACCGUUGGCGAGGCCACUACCCUGGUGUGGAAUGCCGACAGCGGCUCGACCGUGACUCUGCGCCUGCAGUACGGCGACGUCACCACCGCGAACUCCGGCGCCGUGAUCGCCUCCGGUAUCGCCAAUGACGGCAGCUACACCUGGCAGGUGCCGUCCGACCUAGCCUACGAGUCGGACUACACCAUUGAGAUCAUCGACGACCAGGACACCAGCAACUACAACUUCCUGCCGCGCUUCACUGUCGCUGGCGCCACUGCCUCGGCCACGGCCACCACCGCCUCGUCGACCAGUAUGUCCACGGCCACCACCGUCUCGUCCACCAGCACUAGCACCACCAGCGCGUCCACCUCGAGCACCCCGACCACCAUGACCACCACGAGCAGCUCAUCCAGCGCCAGCAGCUCCAGCACUGCCUCGACCACCAAGUCCACCUCUACCAGCGCCAGCACCAGCGCCUCCAGCACCGCGUCCGCGACCUCCGUGCCGAGCUCCAACUCCGGCAUGGUCAACCGCGUGUCGGGCGGUAUGCUGGCCGUUGUGGCCGGUGCCGCCAUCCUGCUGUAA